CACUGUUUAGCUUUAGCAAAGUGCAUGUGUUGGGUGAAGUGUGGGGGGCAUCGCAACUCGCGACCAUUGCACUUAAGCCAUUUAUUUACCAAUUAAAGUGCCGAUGUGCAGGAAAGGGCGUUAAAUGUGCGUGAAAAAUGUCGAAUCCCGGCGGUAGCAGGAGGAACGGGGCGAUGAAGAUCCGCCUGACGAUACUUUGCGCCCGCAAUCUCGCAAGGAAAGAUCUCUUUCGGCUCCCUGAUCCUUUCGCCAAAAUCACUGUUGACGGUUCGGGCCAGUGUCACAGCACCGAUACUUGCAAAGCAACUCUAGAUCCAAAAUGGAAUCAGCAUUAUGAUUUGUGUCUUGGAAGAAAUGACGGGAUUACCAUAUCAGUCUGGAAUCACAGAAAAAUUCAUAAGAAGCAAGGUGGAGGAUUUCUCGGAUGUGUCCGGAUAUUGUCCAACACCAUUCAGAGGCUAAAGGAUACUGGAUAUCAACGAUUGGACCUCUCGAAAGCACACUCUGAAGACACCGAUGUUGUGAAAGGUCAGAUUGUGGUUUCACUUUUAUCUCGGGACGGUCAUAAUGGAGCCGUGAGCAAUACAGUUGGACACAAUGCAGUUGUCGACGUACUUGGCGAUUUGAGUUGUCCUACGGAUCUUCCUGAUGGCUGGGAAGAACGAAGAACGCCGAGUGGUCGACUCUACUAUGUUAAUCAUUUCACGAGAACCACACAGUGGAUCCGUCCAAAUGCCAGGGCCAGUAACACGAUCAUACCAACGACGCCCGAACCGCCACCAGCAGUCUGUCCGGAAUCAACUUUUCCGAGCAGCAGUGCAAGUCCCUUGAACCCAGGAACCGAGAGUCCUCCGCGACCGGCGCACGACUGGAAUCGGGAAAGAACUCCCAAUCGGGAGGGCACUCCGAGCAGAACGCCAAGUCGAGACAGUUCGACGCAAAAUACUCCGACGCAACAGCAAAGUCCGAAUCAGCAGAAUCAGCAGCAGCAGCAGCAGAGCACAAGAAAUACGCCUCCUUCGUCUUCCGUGAGGGAAAGAAGAGCCGUGCCGAGGCCAAAUGACGAACAAAACGGUAAUUCGAGGGGAGAGCAACGUCCGCCGAAUGCGAAUCAACCCCGGAGACCAAAUCGAACAAAUAGAAAUCGGAAUAGUGGACUCAUCAAUGGCGAGAGGCGGAGCGAUGUUCAGCCCUCUGAUUUACCCCGAGGCUACGAAAUGAGGAAAACGCAACAAGGACAGGUUUAUUUCUACCACGUGCCAACCGGCUCGUCAACCUGGCACGAUCCGCGAAUCCCCCGCGAUUUAUCAGCCAACGAAUUGGACCUCGGUCCUCUCCCGAGUGGCUGGGAAAUGCGACAAACUCAGAGCGGCCGGGUUUAUUUUGUCGAUCACAACAACAGAACGACACAGUUCACCGAUCCGAGACUCUCUUCCCAGAUAAUCAACAAUCUGCUGAAACGACAAACGAACGGGACAAAUUUGACAAGCAACACGAGUAAUUCGGGCCCGCGAAAUAAUGAAUCAGUUGUGACAGUCUCGCCAACCACGCCCACAACACCGCCAAACACAAAUCAGCCGAGAGCGUCGCGCGUCGUCGAGCCGCCAACCAAUAAUAAUUCGAUAACCGAGAGCUCGCCGGUCCAGCAGACGGUCUCCGAUCUGCCGAAAGAAUUGAUGGAGAGCGAACUGCUGCCCAAGUACAAGAGAGAUCUUGUCGCGAAGUUGAAGUGUCUCCGGGCGGAAUUGAAUGCCCUGCAGCCGCAGAGUGGACACUGUCGACUCGAGGUGUCGAGGAAUGAGAUAUUUGAGGAGUCGUACAGACUCAUCAUGAAGAUGCGACCCAAAGAUAUGAGAAAAAGACUUAUGGUGAAGUUUCGGGGCGAGGAGGGCUUGGAUUAUGGUGGUGUGGCGCGCGAAUGGCUCUAUUUGCUCUCUCAUGAAAUGUUGAAUCCGCAGUACGGACUCUUCCAGUAUUCGAGGGACGACAAUUACACGCUCCAGAUCAAUCCGGACUCGGGAAUUAAUCCCGAGCACUUGUCCUAUUUUCACUUUGCUGGCAGGAUAAUAGGCAUUGCUGUUUUUCAUGGUCAUCAUGUCGAUGGCGGAUUUACGACACCUUUUUACAAAAUGCUGCUUAACAAAGCGAUCACGCUCAGUGAUAUUGAGGGCGUUGAUCCCGAUCUUCAUCGAAGUCUCACCUGGAUGUUGGAAAACAGUAUAGACGGUGUUCUCGAUGCGACAUUUUCCGUGGAGCACAGUAGUUUCGGCGCGUUGAGGAAUCAUGAAUUGAAACCGGGUGGAAAAGAAAUUGCCGUGACCGAGGAAAACAAGAAAGAGUACGUGCGUUUGUACGUGAAUUAUCGGUUCAUGCGCGGAAUAGAGCAACAGUUUUUGGCCCUGCAAAAAGGAUUUCACGAGUUGAUACCGCCCCAGUUGUUGAGACCGUUCGAUGAACGAGAAUUGGAAUUGGUGAUUGGUGGCUUGGGCAGCAUUGACAUUGGCGACUGGAAGUUGCAUACCAGGCUAAAACAUUGCACGCCCGACACGCCCGUGGUCAAGUGGUUCUGGCAGAUUGUCGAGUCCUACGGCGAAGAGAUGAGAGCAAGACUGCUGCAAUUUGUCACGGGGAGUUCCCGAGUUCCGCUCCAAGGAUUCAAGGCUUUGCAAGGAUCUACAGGAGCUGCUGGACCUCGUCUUUUUACAAUUCACGCGGUAGAUGCACCUAGUGAGAAUUUGCCCAAAGCGCAUACUUGUUUCAAUCGAAUAGAUAUCCCACAGAGCUAUCCGUGUUAUCAGAAGAUGUUGGACAAACUCACACAAGCCGUUGAGGAAACUUGUGGAUUUGCGGUUGAAUAGAUAUUUAACAACACAGAAUCGUUGAAUACGUAAUUUAUUGAAGAGGAUUUAAAAAGCCUUUUUGCCCAUCUUUGUUGGUACGUACCUGCAGAAGAUUGAAGCAGAAACGCGAAACAGAAGAAUCACAUUAACAUUAAGAAACUUGAGCAACGUUGAGCGCGCUCAAGUUUCACCAAUAAUUAAACUAAAACUACCACGCAAUACGAGCCUAUAAUUAUCUGAGCACAAUUUAGGAUUUUUUUCCCUUAAUUUUGUAGAAAAGAUCAAUCGCUCGCUCGUAUGUAUUAUUAAGUCAAUAAUACUAGCAAUUUAUAUAAACAAAUAUUUAUAUUUUCGAGAUCGAAAUACUUCUUCUAUAAAGAAUGAUCUUUUUUGAAUCGUUUACAAGUAAAUUUAAAAGAAAAAAUGUUGUGCAAAUUUAAUUUGUAUAUAGUUCUAAAAGUUGUGUUCUAUCUAUUUAAGUGGCUAUUCUCAUGUAGAAAGGGCCCACUUUGUCGAUUCCAUUUUUUUUUUCGGCGAUAAUCCCGAUUUUGUAACUGAAAUUCGAAAUUUAUAAUUUUCUGUUUUCGGUUCACUCGUAUGCAUGAAAAUUUGUGUUUUCGUUAGGAAAUAAAAUGCGCAAGUGCAUAUUAAAUAGACUUUUAUAUGCGAUAACUUUAUUAUCAUUAUUUAUGCUUCUAUUUUUAAUUUUGUAUCGACAAAGUGGCGCUCAAAAAUAAUUAAUUUCAUUACGGUGCAUUCAGUUAUUACGUCACACUUUUUUUUUGUUUUGUUAUAUUCUAUCUUGUAGUACCAAGGUUUCAAUUCAUUUUUUUUUUCUUUUUUCAUAAUUUUAUUUAAGGGCAUGUGACACAGCUAAAUACCUAUAUUACCGACCUCACUUUUUCAGUUCAC